AAUCUGUGUGUGCUCCUCACAGGAUAGAACCUCCAGGAAGUCUUCUCCCAAACCUCCUCAGGACAAGACGGACUGGAAAUCAAGUGGACCCUGCAGGACUCCAGUGAUGAUGAAGUCGUGGUAGCCAGCAGAGACUUUGGACCACCUUUGCUCCAUUUGGACAUUUUCAAGUGUUGGCACAUGUAGUACACACCCCCAGAGAGGAACAAGUGCCGUGCACGGCCACAAAGGUUCGUUCAUGUUCGGCAUCCAGGAGAGCAUCCAGCGGAACGGCAGCAGCCUAAAGGAGGAGCCGCUGGGGGGCAUGAACGCUGUCCGGGGCUGGAUGCAGGGGGGCGGCGUGCUGGAUGCCCACACGGCCGCCCAGAGUGGAGUGGGUCUGGCCCGGGCCCACUUUGAAAAGCAGCCCCCCUCCAACCUGCGCAAGUCCAACUUCUUCCACUUUGUUCUGGCCUUGUAUGACCGCCAAGGUCAACCUGUGGAGAUCGAGAGGACCACCUUUGUGGACUUCAUCGAGAAGGACAAGGAGAGUAGCGGAGAAAAGACGAAUAAUGGCAUCCAUUACCGUCUGCAGCUGCUCUACAGUAACGGAAUCAGGACGGAACAAGACUUUUUUGUUCGACUCGUCGACUCUAUGAGCAAACAGCCGAUCGUGUACGAGGGCCAAGACAAGAACCCGGAGAUGUGUCGAGUUCUGCUCACACAUGAGAUCAUGUGCAGUCGCUGCUGUGACAAGAAGAGUUGUGGGAAUCGCAACGAGACGCCGUCAGACCCAGUCAUCAUUGACAGGUUUUUCCUCAAGUUCUUCCUCAAGUGCAACCAGAACUGCCUGAAGAAUGCUGGGAACCCACGAGACAUGAGGAGGUUUCAGGUGGUGGUGUCCACUACCGUGAGCGUGGAAGGACAUGUCCUGUCCGUGUCUGACAACAUGUUUGUCCACAACAACUCCAAACAUGGUCGACGGGCCCGAAGGCUCGAUGCUGCUGAAGGAACGCCCUCGUACCUCGACCACGGAGCAGCGCCGUGCAUCAAAGCCAUCAGUCCCAGUGAAGGCUGGACCACAGGGGGCGCUACUGUCAUCAUCAUAGGAGACAACUUCUUUGACGGCCUACAGGUCAUCUUUGGAACCAUGCUGGUGUGGAGCGAGUUGAUCACGCCGCACGCUAUCCGUGUUCAGACGCCACCAAGACACAUUCCUGGUGUGGUGGAAGUCACUUUGUCCUACAAGUCCAAACAGUUCUGUAAAGGCACACCAGGAAGGUUCAUAUACACAGCUCUCAAUGAGCCAACCAUCGACUACGGCUUCCAAAGACUCCAGAAGGUCAUUCCUCGUCACCCCGGUGACCCUGACAGGCUGCCAAAGGAGGUGAUCCUCAAGCGUGCAGCCGACCUGGUGGAGGCACUGUACGCCCUCCCCCACAGUAAUCAGGAGAUCAUCCUGAAGCGAGCGGCCGACAUUGCGGAAGCUCUCUACAGCGUUCCACGAGGCCACACCCAGCUCUCUGGCUCCGCCCAUGCAGGAAUGAUGGGCAUCAACUCAUUCACGGGGCAGCUAUCCGUAAACGUGUCUGAAGCCGCGCAGACCAAUCAGACAGGCUUUGUGCGCAGCAGCAACAGCGUGUCUCCGCAUAGCUACGCCUCUAGCUCCACGCCGCAGCAAAGCGGCUACACGCCAGCGUCGGGCGCCAUCAACGGCUACGUCAACAACAUGACCAACCUGGGGGGCUCGCCAACCUUCCUCAACGGCUCUGCCGCCAACUCGCCUUACGGUAUCGUCCCGUCCAGUCCCGGCAUGGCGUCAUCCACCUCUCUGCCGUCCAACUGCUCAUCCUCCUCCGGCGUCUUCUCCUUCUCUCCCGCCAACAUGGUGUCUGUCGCCGCCAAGCAGAAGUCUGCCUUCGCCCCCGUGGUCAGACCCUCGUCCUCGCCGCCGCCACCUUGUACGGCCACCAACGGGAGCACGCUCCAAGGUGACCUCUGCCUUCUUCAGUGCAGUGACGUCACUUCACCACUAGGUCACGCUUCUUAAUGCUGUGAUUAUCUUGACCUUUGAACCUGCCGUGGCCUCCUGAGCAGAUCCAAACUUUGUGGACUCCAACAAGUUCUCCACAGGCCUGGUCUUCACCUGAUGUAUGUCCCGCCCUCCCCUUCUCAUGUGUCAAUCAUCAAGCUGCCAUGUGUGGGUGUGUGAACGUGUGUGUCCUGGCCGAGGGUUCCAGAGUGACUCUUGUCAAUCCGAAGGAACCAACCAUCUCAGGUGUCUGCGAGCUCUGCCUACAUGGAGACAGGAAGUUGUAUUUAUUUUGGAGGGAUCUCCAAAUCUUGUCUUUGGCAUUUUCACAUCAAUGCACAUUCUCCGUCGUUUCAGUUCAAGAAGCCAAGGAAGCUAACCGGCGGCUGCCAAAUCCAUCCCAUAAUGCCUUAGUACUCCCAUCACGCAUUUGGACUCUCGGCUGAGCUUUUUGGCAUCCUCCAUGGAGGCUGGCGGUCAUGUGAUGCAGAAAAAGAAGUUGGCCAAUGACCACCUUGUGGUGUGUGACCCCCGUCAUACAAGAGAUUAUUUGCUUUGAAAUUCUUAACUCCCUAAAUUGUUUGAUCUAAGCAGCCAAUAGGGGCUCACUUCCUGGUUGAAGCAGCCAGUGAGGUGCGCGCAGAGUCUUAAUGAAAAGCAAAGCCUUAAAGGAGCGACGUGAACGUCUUACAUUUAUUUUGAUUUCAUCAACUUUUGGUGCCUCGGCGCUGCUCGUGCAUGUUAGCGGCGGCAUGCACGUGGAAUGUAUCAGUGAUGUCACCAGCGCGCACGUGGUGGGUGAACCCUGGUGACCUUUGCGUGGUGGUGGUUCCAUCUCUUCCAAGUGUUCUUCCUCUGCGCUGGAUGAAUACGUCCCCAUGUUUGUCUUCUUCAAGAUGCCUAUUUAUUUUAUGUCACAUUUCUUUGGGUGUGUGCCGGUCAUGUGACCAACUCCAGCCUGAUGAUGAAGAAACUGUAAAGAGCUUUUGUAUUCUUUUUAACUUUUGGAUAUUUAAAUAAACU